AUGGAAGGGCGACAUGUGGAGCUCUAUCCGGACACCGAUGAUGAGAUGCAGUGGCCUCCAACUGCCGCCUAUCUUCCACCCAGGCAGUGCCCGGCCACAGAGUUCCUGGAGUCCUUGAUGUGUCCGAUGAAGACGAGUUUCGUGCGGGCCGUGCGUGUGCUGGAUCUUGCUGCAGCUCUGCCUACGCUGCCAGUGACGCCAUUGACGCCAUCCACGGAUUUCACUUCCAGGGUCAGUUGCCGUUCCGACGAGUCCGAUUCCCACGACGAAGCCACGGAUGUUGCAAUGACGGAAUCGACCCGGACUUCGAAGCGAAGCAAAAAAACGGCAGCGGUGACCAGUGAAGUGCUACAGGCGGCGCAGUUAACUGGAGAUUUGGCCUUAAGGAGGGCGCGCGCCAUGAACUGUGAUGCAGAGCCCCCAAAGGCGCGCUGGGGUGUGAGUGUCAAACCAAAGUCCAGGGCAGCUGAUCGCCAAGUUCGGACGGUUUCUGACUCUGUUGGGAAACAGUUGCCGCAACGGGCGAACGGCUGGAAAGAGCGCCAGCAGGGACUGUUGAUGCCGCAGGUCACCAGCGGCAUGUUGAUGAGAGGCGACCAAGCGCUUGAGAGCCUGGGAGCCACGGAUCUCCGUGAGGUGAUGGUGGCCUAUGCUCGUUCUCGUUGGGCCUGCCAGCCCAUGCUACAAUCUGCCGCAGAUCGGCUUGCAGCACUGGAAGGAAGUCACAUGCACUUGCUCCAGAUGCUGGCACCUGCUUUGGUGGCUUUGUCCCGUUGUCGCUGGCCACACCCGGAGCUCGAAGAUCGAGCUUUGCGGCUCUUGCAAGAGGAAGUGGAUCUGGAUGGUCGCGACACAGCACGGGCAGUGAGCCUUUCUGCACAGGCCUUGCAGGGUUCUGCUCUCCUGGGAGCAGGAAAUCUUUGGCUUAGAGCUUGUGAGGUGGUGGCGGCCCGGCUUCUGUUCGCCGGCCCCGAUACAGUUUGGGCACAACUCAGUGCCUGGAAGGCAAGUGGCGGUCUGGCGCCAGAGCUGUGGGAUGAGGAGGAGGAGGAGUUCGAGCGAGAGCGGUGCUGGGAGAGGCUCAAUCCGAAAGGUGACAGCAACGUCAAAAGCAAACAUAUCUCCAUGAUUUCCUUGGCACUGUGCAAUGCCCUGUUCCAGAAAGAACAGAACAGCUCUUUAGAAGCAGCCACGAUGGAGUGCGAAGACGCACCCGCGGGCCAUGAUGCCCACAGCUACGUGGUUGCCAGAGGUGAGGAGAGGGCCGUUAUCAAGGCGUCAGCCCGGUUGCCGGUGAUGCAAGUCACCACGAAGCAAGCCGGGUCUCUGGAGCAAGCCAUGCGCCUGUGCAGGCUUUGCUAUGUGGAGCUGGCAAACGGGAAGUCGAAGGAGGAAGUGGAGCAGCUGAAGCAGCAGAAGCUCAAACUUCAACCUGCCAAAGGACCGAAACGACAGAAGGCUGGUGGAGCUGUUGGGCAGCCGAAGGCCAAGGCCGUGGCUGGGGCGGCUGAUGCCGGUGCCAGUGCUGCUGGUGCCGCGGUGGUGCGAAAGAGGCCUGGUUUGAAGGACCGAGGUCCAGCCAAGAGGCGAAGAAGGCAACUUCCAGCUGAGGCAGCAGAGCCAGCUGAGGCAGCUGAGGGUGCAGCAGAAGUUCCUAUGGUGAAAGAGGAGGAGCCGGACGAGCCAGCCAGGCCAGCGUUCCAACGGCCUUCAGAGGGGCCAGCAGUACUUGUAGCUGCAGUCUUGCAGGACUUUGACGAGUCAGCCAUGUGCAGAGUAGACAAGUCCAUCGACACAUGCUUCAAGAGCAGGGUGGGCCUGCCCCCUGACUGCCCGUUGAGGCCAGAGCUUCGUGAGGACUUCGAGUUCGUGAUCGCAAGCUGUCAUGGCCCUCGGGCGCGGUUCUCCAGAAACUUCCGUGAUGCUGCAGCUCUGCCCCACUGGGACCAUGAGACGAACUGCGACUUGUGCAACCAGAAGUGCCCCAGCCACCUCUACCUGCUACGGUGCUUCGACAGAGAGACCAGACCCUUUCGGUUGCACAAAGCAAUCUUGUAUGCAGGGAAGGAAUGCUCCAGAGCCUUGUUGCGAGAGAAGAGGGGCCGGAAGGACAUCACGAUGUGGCAGAAGAAGCUUCGAGGGAUUCUGGCCAGAGAUGACUGGGAGGCCGAGCUGCAGGCCAUCAUCGAUGCGGGCGAGUCCCUGGAGGUUGUGAGGAGAGCUUUGCGAAAUGUCCUGGGUAUGGACCGACGACGUGACACGCCGGCUGGUCCUCGAGUUCGACCUGAAGCACGUGGCGGUGAUGAUGCGGUGCGAGAUCGGCGCCCAAGAUUGAGAGGUGCCCAGCCGAAGGCAUGGGCGGACAGUGCUCUGAAUGCCAGGUUGCCCCAGGGGCUCCGAGUUCAAAGAUCUUCAAGCCUUUGGGCAGCUGUUGGAAGGGCCAUUGGAUUUGGCAAACCUGGUGUCAUGGCAUCGAGACUCCAGACACUUUUCCCAGCCCUCGAUGUGGAGGAGGACGAAGAGAAACGGUUGCGGGCCUUCCUGGCCAGAACCCACCUGGCUGCGAAGAUUUAUGACAGCAACCAGACCAAGGACCGACAGAUUGGCGGCAUGGGUGGCAGAAUUGGUACCCUGCAGUUGUGCUGCAUCUAUGGGCAUUUUCAUGGAGUUCGGGCAGGACUCAGUGCAGAUGAACUAUCACAACUACAGCAAAGGCUGCCUGACCUGUUCCCACAACAGGCUGCUGCACAGGGUGGAGAUGGCAGAGAUCGUGUAGUCAUGCUCCAACCACCUGCAGCGGCAGAAGAUCCCAGCAACUCUGAGGAUGACGACGAGCAGGUGGAUGAGGAGGGUCCAGCACCAGGUGUGCUGAAGCAGCGAGCUGAUCGAUCAGUGGUGUUGCUAGAGCUGGCGAUGAAGAGGAUGGAAAAGGCGAAGCCUGCAGCGCAUGCACAGCCAAGAGCUGCUGCGCGGCCUGAAGUGAGGAGGUCUCCAUCCAGGUCGUCCAGUUCGUCCGUAUCAUCCAGUGACAGUGAAGUUCCAGCCCCAGCCCAGUAUGCCCCUCCAGCCCCGGCUGUUCCAGCCCCAGCUCGGCGGGUCCCCAAAGUCCGCGGCACAGUGGAGAUACCAGCAAAGUCCCGAGGUCGCCUCAUUGGAUUCAAAGGGAAACACAUUCGGGAGCUUGAGGAACGAUACAAGGUCAACAUCAAUGUGCCCAAACUACAACUACGUGCUGACAGCUUGGAACCCGCCAUGGCAGUUUCCAUCAUUGGUGGUGAAGAAGAUGUUGAUGCCUGUGUGGCAACGAUCAAAAGGCUCUUCCACAAGGAAAUCAUCUACUUUGAGUCCGUGGGUGACUUCAAUCGUGAUGUCGGAAUGGGUGGUCUGAAGCGCCUUCGAAAAUCAGCUGGUCUGGAUGCUGAGUGGGUCGAAGAGGCCAAGAAACUGGUGAUCCAUGGGAACAUGCCAACAUGCAUUGCGGAAGCAGACCGGAUAAGGAGAACAUUCCAAGUGACUGUCAGAGUCCCCAUGGAUGCAUGGCUGAUUACUCGCUUUCGGGAUGACCUGCAACGAGAACUGCAUGAUUGUCAGGGCGUUAACUCUGUAUCAUCUGAUGGUGAUGGAGUUGUGGUCACCGGACAGGCCGAAGCCGUUGGAUGGGCUGAGCAAAGAAUCUGGGUGUGGCACAACCGCAUGGACCACUACCGACCCUUUUGAUAUUUUUUUCCGAGGUUUUGCAUUGGGAAACCCUGGAGCCGGCGCACUUUGCUGCCUUAGACUCCAGGUUGCAACUGAAAUUUGCUGCAGGGUUGCCUGAGCAUGUCAGUUCAAAGACAACCAAAC